AUGACGCCCGUGUGGGCUGCCUGCGUGGUGGUGGUUUGGGGUAGUGACGGGCCUCCGACAGGACGGUGCUGGUGCUGUGACCCCUGCGGACCUGUGACCGGCAGUACCGUGUCAGGACCCGUCAAAGGCAGCUCUGCCGUGGCAGAAGCGGUGACAGUGACGGGACCAAGUAACGUGACUCUAGGUGCCGCGGGUCACGAGGACCCCAAAGCUCAGAGAGCGGUGUCAGGGACCGACAGUGCUGGCGCUACUCAGGACAGUGAGGAGGACGGAGCGAGGGACCGGCGGGCACUGAGGAGGAUGUCGCCCAGCGUCACCGUCCGACCCCUGAUCCCGCCAGUGCCCUUGUCGACGGUGGUGGGUCUGGCUGGGGGCGAGGUCGCCCUGCCCUGCGACAUGUCCCAUUCUCCCGGCGAUACUGUGCUCAUCGUGCUAUGGUACCGCAACGGAUCCGACGCGCCCGUCUACAGCUAUGACCUGCGCAACGCUAUGGAAACGGAUCGACGGUGGCACAACACGUCUGUGUUCGGCUCGCGGGUGGACUUUAUCCCCGGCCGGCGGCCGGCCGUGCUCACCCUGAGGGACCUCGGUCCCGCCGACCAGGCCAUCUACAAGUGCAGGGUCGACUUCCAGCACUCGCGCACUCGGAAUGCCCUGGUCAACCUGACCGUCAUAGUUCCUCCGGAGAGCGUGGAGAUCCUGGACGCCGGAGGAGCGGUGCUCAACACGGUGGUGGGCGCCUUCCUGACGGGGGAGCGGCUGAAACUCACCUGCCGAGUGAAGGGAGGUUCGCAAUAA